GAAAGCUCAAGGGCAAUACCGCGGAUCUCCACGCGAACAGGGUGGCUAUCAGCCACGUCCUCAGGGUCAGCAAGCCCAAGGGCAAUACCGCGGAUCUCCACGCGAACAGGGUGGCUAUCAGCCACGUCCUCAGGGUCAGCAAGCCCAAGGGCAAUACCGCGGUCCGCCACACCAACAGGGGGGCUAUCAGCCACGUCCGCAGGGUCAGCAAGGACAGGGCCAAGGAGGCUACCAGUCCCAAGGUCAAUUCCAAAGAGCCCAAGGAGGCGCUUCUCUGCCACCUCUCCCAGCAGGUACCAUGAAACGUGGUACUUUGGGAAAACCUGGUGAAGUCUCUGUAAAUUAUCUGAACGUUAACUUGGAUAAAAUGCCACCGGUGGCCUACCACUACGAUGUGAAAAUUACGCCAGAGCGACCUAAAAAGUUCUAUCGUCAUGCUUUUGAGCAGUAUAGAAUUGAGCAUUUGGGCGGUGCGAUUGCCGCAUAUGAUGGACGUGCAUCGUGCUACUCAGUUGUGAAAUUAAAAUGCAGCUCGCAGAGCCAAGAAGUGAAAGUAACAGAUCGCCACGGGCGUACAUUGAAUUAUACCCUGGAACUAAAGGAGACGGAGGACUCGGAAGUCGAUUUGAACUCACUGAGAAGUUACAUGAAGGAUAAGAUUUAUGACAAGCCCAUGCGGGCUUGUGUUAUAGUUGUGUUGGCCGCUCCUUGUCAUAGGACCUUCUUCAAAAGGUCUGAACCCGGAAAUGCAUAUGAUCUUGGCGACGGCUACGAAGCUCUGGUUGGACUCUAUCAAACUUUCGUGCUUGGUGAUCGUCCGUUUGUCAAUGUGGAUAUAUCCCACAAGUCCUUUCCGAUGGCCAUUUCGAUCAUUGAGUAUAUUGAGCGGUAUCAGCGGCAAAAAAUUGACAAGAGCACAAAUCUAGACUUCAGGCGUAACGAUAUCGAAUCAUUCUUAAGGGGUGUUAAUAUAAUUUACGAGCCGCCUGCCUGUUUUGGUAGCGCUCCACGCGUCUUCAAAGUCAACGGUCUUUCCAAGGUUCCAGCCAGCACUCAGAUAUUUGAGCUGGAUGGAAAAAAAACGACCGUUGCACAGUACUACAAAUCUCGGGAAUAUAAUAUAAAGUUUCCAAACCUUCUCUGCCUGCAUGUUGGGCCGCCGUUGAAAUACAUUUAUUUGCCUAUCGAACUAUGUCGCAUUGAGGAUGGGCAGCCACUGAAUCGGAAAGAUUCUGCCCCUCAGGUGGCGGCCAUGAUUAGGUAUGCUGCCACAUCAACCAACGAGAGAAAGGCCAAGAUUAUCCACUUGCUUCAAUAUUUCAAGCACAAUUUGGAUCCGACCAUCAGUCGCUUUGGUAUUCGCCUGGACAAUGACUUUAUUGUGGUUCAUACACGUACGCUCAAUGCCCCUCAGGUGGAGUACAAAAAUAACAACUUGGCUUCGGUGAGGAACGGUUCGUGGCGCAUGGAUCGCAUGCAAUUCUUUGAUCCCAAGCUGAAGCCUCACAAAUGGGCCAUUCUGUACGGUAAGAUGCAGUACAAUCAGGUGGCCGAUUUUCAAGGAAUUGUAAUUCAGCAGAGUCGCAACGUCAAUGUGUGCCUAGAUGCCAAGGCCGAUAUACGGAUGUACAAGAAUGAACGUGACCUAGAUGAUCAUUUCCUGGAUUUCAAACGAAAUCAAUACGAUUUGGUGUUCGUUAUUAUACCAAAUUUCGGGGCCACAUAUGAUGUCGUGAAGCAAAAGGCUGAGCUGCAAUAUGGCAUUCUCACACAAUGCAUCAAGCAGAUCACAGUCGAACGUAAAUUGAACCCUCAGUGUAUUGGAAACGUUCUACUUAAGGUAAAUUCGAAGCUGAACGGCGUCAAUCACAAGCUUAAGGAUGAUUCGCGCACUCAGUUAAAAAAUGCCAUGUUUUUGGGUGCUGAUGUGACUCAUCCAUCGCCCGAUCAGCGUGAAAUCCCUAGUGUGGUGGGAGUGGCCGCCUCUCAUGAUCCAUUUGGAGCUUCAUAUAACAUGCAAUAUCGCUUGCAACGCUCUGCUCUGGAAGAGAUCGAAGACAUGGAGUCCAUAACCCUUGAACACUUGCGAGUUUAUCAUCAGUUCCGGAAAUGUUAUCCCGAGCACAUUGUCUACUAUCGUGAUGGUGUCAGUGACGGUCAGUUUCCCAAAAUCAAGAAUGAAGAGCUGAGGGGAAUAUCUGCGGCCUGCUGCAAGAUGCACAUUAAGCCCAAGAUUUGCUGCGUCAUUGUAGUUAAACGGCAUCAUACGCGCUUCUUUCCGAACGGAGGUCCAUCGCAAUAUAACAAGUUUAACAAUGUUGAUCCGGGAACAGUCGUCGAUCGAACCAUUGUCCAUCCCAAUGAAAUGCAGUUCUUCAUGGUCAGCCAUCAGUCCAUUCAGGGGACAGCCAAGCCGACGCGUUAUAAUGUUAUUGAGAACACGGGCAACUUGGAUAUUGAUCUACUCCAGCAAUUGACAUACAAUCUCUGUCACAUGUUUCCACGUUGCAAUCGCGCAGUGUCUUAUCCGGCGCCAGCAUAUUUGGCACAUUUGGCUGCGGCACGUGGCCGUGUCUAUCUAACAGGCGUCACCAAGUUCCGUUCCCCAAAGGAGGAGUACGAAAAGCGUUUGAUUGUUCCAGAGUUUAUGAACAGGAAUCCUAUGUAUUUCGUGUAAGAAGAAAAGUACACAGUUACUCUUUAGCCAAUAAUUUUUCAAUUCAAAUAUGAUUAUUUUUUGUCAAUUUUAAUUGUAUCACAUUUUCUGAACCGUAAUCAUAUGUAUAUCUCAUGUAUUGAGGGCACACUCUGCUGCUUUCAUUAGGAGCUCCGAUGUGAAGUGAAAAAUAAAAAUAAGAAAAGAA